UGAAACUUCCAGCCCUAAAGAUCACAUGGUGCUGAUGUGAGGCACAGUAGACCAUGGCAGCAGUGAGCAGCUCCUUCCUGCUCUUUCUCGCCGCGGCGUUUCUACAUCUUUUUAUUCCCACUUGGGCCUUGCACACAGUCGGCUCGCUCCCUCUAGACACGGUCACUUUUUACAAGGUUAUUCCCAAACAGAAGUAUGUCCUGGUAAAAAUUGACACUCAGUAUCCAUAUGGAGAAAAACAGGAUGAGUUUAAGAAAUUAGCAGAAAACUCUGCUUCUGGCAAAGAACUCUUGGUGGCUGAGGUGGGAAUAUCAGAUUAUGGUGAAAAGGAAAAUUCAGAACUUGGCAUAAAAUACAAAGUCGGAAAGGAUGACUAUCCUGUCUAUUUGCUCUUUACGAAUGGAGAUUUGGAGAAUCCAGUCCGGUACACUGGUGAGAUUAAACAGGAUGCCAUUCAGCAGUGGUUGAAGAGUAAAGGUGUGUGGGUCGGAAUGCUUGGCUGUCUGGAGGAAUAUGACUCACUGGCUGCAGAAUUCAGCAGCACAAGUGCCCAGGAAGAGCGCCAGAAGAUCAUGGAGAAAGUGAAAGCCAUGAUACAGGAGACGCCAGACUCUGAGCAGAAAUCGGCAGAACAAUACCACAAAAUUAUGAGCAAGGUGCUAGCACAAGGCAAUUCGUUUGUCCAUUCCGAGAUUGCACGGAUUGGCAAACUGCUGGGAGAGAGCAAGAUGAGUUCGGCUAAAAAGAUGGAGUUUCAGAAACGGCAGAACAUCCUGAGCUCAUUUCAAGUACCCAGUGUAGCAAAAGAGGAUUUGUAAGGUUUAAUGAGGAUCUGUUGAAGUUCUGACUUUUUUUUUGAAAAAGCAUUCUACUGUAAGCCAUGUCACUGCUGAAAUUGCUGAGGAGGAUCUGGUUAUCCAGGGUUUACUAUCUCCUGCUAGCUCCUCUCAGCUGAAAGUUCUGACUGUUGUGGUAACUUAACUGACCCCGAUACUGUUCUCAAAUGCCACUUGGCAUGAGCCACUGGACACAUGUUUAUCAAACCCUCCUUCAUGCCAAAGCACCAAACCCAAUUGUGGCAUCUUGCCACUCACAUGUUGACUCAACCCUGGGAUCCUCAGUCUGUCUGGCUCAUAACCAUACCCUUUCAAAGGUCUCAGGGUCUUUCACUGGAAGGGAAUUUUCACCAUUUUCACAAUUCACUAAUGUGCAUAUUGAAACUAUAGGAAUAAUGUGCUAAAGAUGGUUUGUAGGUCAAAGUCCAACAUGCUUUAUAGCUCAAGAGUUGGUAGUUUCAGUUGUGUGACCCGAAGGAGCUGCUGAACAUAAGCUGUCACAUUUCAGACCAGUAGAAGCCUGUGACUGCCAGCCCACUCGUUCAUAGCCAGGAAGUAGUGAAUGAAACAAGUAGACCACCUUAGAAGGGGAAAUACUAUUAAAGAAUGAGAGUUAUACCAUUGCAGAUGUUAAAUAAUAUAUUUCAAAGUACAAGGUUGAUACAAAUUAUAAAGCUCUUCAGCAGUGACAUGGACAAAAGUCUUUGUUUACAAACCUCCUAAUUUUUAAAUUUUUGCAAAACAACUUUUUCAUUAACCUUUUGUUGAGAGUUAUUCCCAGUAUGAUUUCAAAAUGUGGCAAUCAGAAGCAGCACAGGUCUGUCCUAUUAAUUCCCACGUGGUGGGCCCCUGAUGUUAAAAAUGCCACAAUGGCUGUAACUAAACAGGGGUCCGGAAGUCAAUGCAGAUAAAUUCUAUAGAAGUAGUGGUGAGGCCUUUUUCACCGUUUCUGAGCUGUAGUGUUCUCUAAUACUCUGUCACUGACAAGCAAGAGAGGGAACAUUCAAACGAAGAUCAAAUCUCGUAGGUGGACAGAUGUAUUUGUGUCUCCAAUUCUACCUGUGUGACAUGAGCGAAGGGGACGCAAACUGUAAGCACCCCUUUUCAAGUAAAAUAGACCUGUACAGUAAUAAAGGAAGAAUAUUCUCCAAUUUUGUUGACAUAUUCAUUUCACGAUCACCCAUAUUUCAAUUUCUCCCAGCAAUUGAUCUGUCCAAGGAUCACCCUGGUGUCCAAAUGACCACUUGUGUUCUAUUGUGAAUUAUUUUUAAAAUCUUAUUAAAAAUCAUAAUUUACAGUUAA